AUGCCUUAUCCUAUCCAUCCCAAUACCACCCGUCCCAUGAAGUCAAUCCUCACCGUUAAACUCCCUCAACAUUUUCCUGUUCCCAGGGCGACGACCAUAUCCCCCACUACUACCCUGUCAUCCGGGACCAGAAUGACUACCCCUCUUCCUAAACGCGACACUCACCGAGGCGUUCCUACUUCCGCACAGACCUUGUUUGUCGACUUGACGACACCUUCCCCUACUCCCACUCGACCUGACGACCGUCAUGAUCCCAUUCAAUCCAAUCACACACCUCCAACACCAGUCACCAGAUCAAACCACCCGACAUUGUGUAUACCUCCCAUUCCACCCUGUCCUUUACCUCACAACAUACCCACAUACCUCCUUAACCCUGUCCAACCCUUCAGACGCAAAGACCACCUUGGUUCAACUAUCACGUCCCGCAACACAGGACCACCCUCACUGUCAGACCUCAGAAGAAACGGUAUCGAAAUUGUCCCUGUACGUGAUGACGUGUUCGAGCCUCUUUGUGGCGAGGCACGCGGAGGGACGUCCGACCCAUGUUCGUCGAGUAUCUUCCGACCCAACUUGGUGGCGACGGAGAACGUGCAGCAGGGGCGAGCCUGGGAAGUCCAGAAAGCUGCAGCCGAAGGUAGAAUAGGGUAUAAGAGAAAGUUCAUGGAACUUACCGUCGCUUCCAAAAGACACCAAACGCCACUCAACUUUACCGAGCUCAACCAUGUGACCGCAAAGACGGAGCCUGUACGUCCGGCGAGCCUCCCAGAGGUAUGCGCUGAGGAAGACAGGGCAGCGUGUCGGAUACGAAAACUGGCAGGAGAGGAUUGCGUUUGA